ACGUACUCCGGUCCAGCAGGUGGCGCUGUCGUUGCUAUUGCCUAUCCGCCCGAAACUCCCGUAGAAGAAGAGACAAGGCGGAAGUGGGUCUGUUUACCGGCUGCUACAAGCAGUCCAGCAGACGAACAUGGAGAAAAACGAAGAGCAGCCCCAAACAAACGCCAGUAAAACGCUGAUUGUCCGACACUUACCAGCCGAGCUCAGCCGAGAGGAGAAGGAGGACCUCCUGAAAUAUUUUGGAGCUGAGACAAUCCGGGUCUUUUCAAACACAGGGCGUUUGAAACAUGCAGCCUUUGCAACCUUUAAAAGUGAGAAGUCUGCAUCAAAGGCUCUCGACAGGCUUCAUCAGUUAGAGGUUCUUGAUCGUACUCUUGUUGUGGAGUUUGCGAAAGGUCAGGAUCAUGUGACAGUAUUAAAGGAUCCACCAGUGUCAAAAAAUGGAAAAAGUGUUGGCGUAGAGCAGAAGAAACCAGAGACCAAGCUGCCAAAUAUUCCUCUUAUAGAGACCGGCGUCGCUCCAAGUCUUGGGCUGAAAUUUCAAUCCAAUCCCACUCUGAAAUAUUUAUACCCUCCUCCUUCUAAUGGCGUCCUGACAAAUAUAACACAUGCUCUCAUCAGUGUGCCAAAGUUUUAUGUUCAAGUGCUGCAUCUGAUGAACAAGAUGAAUUUACCGUGUCCGUUUGGCCAAGUCACUGCCAGACCCCCCAUGUAUGAGUUCCUGCCUCCUGCCCCACCCAUCCCCAUGCCUCCCCCCUUCCCUCCAGACCUCCCCCCGCCGCCUCAAGAGGAGAUGGAGGUGUCCAGUGGAGAAGAAUCAGAAUAUGAGAGUGAGGACGAUGAAGACAAGGAGAGGAUUGUUCGUCUGAUGGGUCUGGUCAACCAAGCGUGCAAGAGACCCCUGAGACCAAAAACAUCUUCAAAGAGAAAGAAACCCAAGAUCAAGGAUCUACUCUACGCUCCCAAAGCAGACUCUCAAAGUGCUCCGGUGCUGCAGCCCUCCGACGUGUUCGAGCAGCCCCUCCCCGCCGGGCCAAAGAAAAUUGAAUUCCAUAUUUCGGGUCCUGAGGUGGCAGCCAUAGUGGAAGGAAGUGGGCCAGGUCAGCCUGAUGGGGAAGGCAGAGGUGUUGAUGAGAGGGAGCUCGGUCAGGACGGAGCACAGGUGGAAGGUUUCGGGAAGAUUUACCCCACUGCCCCGACAUCACAGCAGCAGGAGGAGCACAGUGAUGAUGAGCACGAUCUACCCUCAGACGUCAUCUCCAGGAAGGAGCUAGAGAAAGGACGGCUGGCUAAAGAUGAGAUAAAAAGGAUGUCUGUGUUUAAAAAUUAUGAACCUGGAGAGCCGACCUGCAGACUGUACGUGAAGAAUAUUGCAAAGCAAGUGGAGGAGAAAGACCUGAAGUACAUCUAUGGGCGAUACAUCGACCCCUCAUCAGAAGCCGAGAGAAACAUGUUUGACAUUGUGCUAAUGAAGGAGGGGCGAAUGAAAGGGCAGGCCUUCGUAGGACUCCCCAGUGAGCAGGGUGCAGAGAAAGCCCUGCGGGAAACCAACGGCUACGUUCUGUUUGACAAACCCCUCGUCGUCCAAUUUGCCAGAUCUGCAAGACCGAAACAAGAGACCACAGACACCAAGAGAGGAGGGAGACAACGAUGAGCACGACAGUUGAGAUGCAGAGGCUUGAAUUUGUGGCCCAGCAGAACCAUUUGUAUCCUUAAUGUGGAAUAUCCUUUGGGGAAAAUGGGGGCAGUUUAUCUCUAGUUAUUUUUGCCCAGUCAGAUAUAUGAGCCUUGAAUUAUGGUGUAAAUUUUAAAGGACCACGUAGCAUGCUUUUUUUGUUGCUAGCUUUAUCAUAUGUGAUCUGGAAAACUUUUGACUCUAAGGUCUGUAUACCUGCCUCACGUUUCUCCUUGUUUGGCUGAAUUUCAGGUGAUGGUGUCUGAUGUCAUCUUCUUCAUUUAUUACUCAAUAAAACAGCAUUUUUAUUAAAUCAA